AAGAAAAGCGGCAAGUAUUAGAAGAGGAAACGAAGGUAAUGCUUGCAAAAGCAAAACAAGCAGCUCGAAUGCAAAUGGAAAUUGAGAAACUGAAUACAUGCCGGUUUGCUACAGCAGUACCACCGAAAGCUUCCAGGUUUUUGCUUAAUGUUUUUCUCAAAAAUAAAGUUAGCAAUGGUCAAAGCUAACU